AUGUUUCGUCCUACUGCUCCACCUGCUGCUCUUCCAGCAGCUCCUCUUUCUGCUCCUCCUGUUGCUCCUCCUCGUGCUGCUCCUCCUCCUGCUGGUCCUCCUCGUGCUGCUUCUCAUCUUGCUGCUCCUCCUCGUGCUCCUCCUCCUGGUGCUCCUCUUCCUGCUCCUCUUCUUGCUGCUCCUCCUGCUGCUCCACCUCCUGCUCCUCCUGUUGCAGGAAGGUGGAGCAGCAUGAGGAGAAGCAGAGCAAGAGUAGGAGCAGCAGGAGGGGGAGCAGUACCAGGAGGAGCAGCAGGAAGAGGAGCAGCAAGAGGUAGAGCAGGAAGAGGAGUACCAGGAGGAGGAGCAGCACGAGAAGGAGCAGCAGGUGGAGCAGCAAGAAGAGGAGCAGCAUGA